CUUUAAAAGUUUAUCAAUAAUCACUGUGCGCGGCUUCGUUUGUAUUAGAAUUUAUAUCAUCAUCAAUAAUGAAAUGGGGCUUAUUCCGUACAUGCAUUCUACGGACAACGUCACUUGGUUCGUUAAUGAUUUGUGUUCGCGAAUCAUCGCUCAGACUGGUAUCCCGAAUGACCGAUAUCAUUUCGGCAAAUUGCUAUUGCAGAGUUUAAAAGAUGACCCGGAUUUCGUUUUGCUGAUCGACGGAGCGACAGGUCAAUCCGAAACAAACAAAUCAGUGUCGGAAAGGUCAAUACAGUGUGCCGUUUCCUUGACCGAGCUUGGACUAAAGAAAGGUGACGUCAUCGUCAUUAUGGGAUACAAUCAUUUGGACUUGACAAUACCACUAUACGCUGCCUUGUAUUUAGGAAUUAUAAUUUUUAAUGUCAGUAUGGAGAUGACAGACAAUGCCCUUGCACAAAUUUUCGCUUCGAAGCAACCAAAGGCUAUAUUUUGUCAGAACAGGAAUCUUGUUAACGUAAAAAAUGCACUGGAGUUUUAUGAGUAUGAUAUAAAAUUACUUACCUUCGAUGAUAGUGAUCAUAAGGACGUUUUGACUUUUUCUGAAUUGAUGACCGGUUUUGGUAGCGAUACAUCGAUCGGAAGCUUCAAGCCAACAGAUUUUGAUCCCGAAGAAACAGUUGCUUUGAUAACUGAAACAAGUGGAACUACUGGAGCGCCAAAGGGCGCUGCUCUUACGCACAAAAAUUUAGUCAUAUCAAUUACUUCUGAUUGGAGAAACUUUGAAAGCUUCCCCACGCCUAUAAAGUCGUUGUUAAUAGUAACACCGCUGAAUUGGAUUUCAACUACCUUAUAUGUUUUGUCUUCGUCGAUACUGAGAUACAAAAGAAUUCAAUCAUCAAAACCAACAACUAAAGAACACAUUUGCGACCUUAUUAAUACAUAUUUUAUAAGGUACUUACCAUCGUUCUUAAGCACAACGCCGCCCUUCAUGUUAAAGCUUUUGGGAAACAAAGACAGAUGCGACUUCAACAGCUUUGAAAAUAUCCGUCUCGGUGGUUGUGCUAUAACAACAAACAUUUUAGAGUACAUAACGAAAUCAUUGCCACACGCAGAAAUAUCGCUUGGGUAUGGACUCACUGAGGCUGGAGGGGGCCGUGUCUUUAUGAAUCGCUCGCAUCCUCUUGGAUCUAUUGGACAACCCACUGGAACAUUUAACUAUCGCUUGAUUGACGUCGAAACGCAAAAAGACAUAUUAGAGCCCAAUGUACAGGGUGAAUUAUGGUUGAAGGGACCCUCCAUAUUUAAGGAAUAUUACAACGACCCUAAGAGCACAAAGGAAGCAUUUUCAGAAGAUGGCUGGUUAAAAACUGGCGAUAUUAUGUACUGGGAUGAGCACUUUUAUUUUUACUUUGUAGAGCGACUAAAGCUGUUGAUUCAUUACAAGAAUCAUCAGAUAUCACCGCUUGAAAUAGAGGUCAUUCGCCAGCAUCCGGGUGUGUUGGACGUUAUAGUCACCAGCAUCACGGACGUCCAGCGCGAGGAGCUGCCGUGCGCUUGUGUCGUGCUUAAAGAUGGACGUCGCGUCACCGAACAGGAAAUCAAGGACUUGGUUCGAGAUUCGCUAACGGAUCCAAAACAAUUGAGAGGUGGCGUUUUUUUCUUAAAGGAAAUGCCCAUGAACCCACAACUGAAAAUCGACAGAAGAAAAAUAAAAGAAUUCGUUAUUAAUUCAUUAGGCACAAAAAAAUAAGAAAAAAUGUUACAUAUAUAAUACAUACAU